CUGCGGGCAGCAGGGGGCGCUGCUGAGCCGGGCCGGGCUCAGGCCCACCGGCCGAGGCUGCUCGACUACUACUGGAUCACUCAAACGGAGAUGAUGGCUUUGUCUUACCUCUACACGCUGUGCAUGUGGAUCCAUUUAAUGGGACCUUCGCUCGGAACUGGCUUUGUUUAUCGCUUUCCAAGCAUCACAAUGCAGCGACAGCGCCUCAAGUCGGAACAGAGCGGGACCACUGGACCACCAACGACCGGGUCCCGUACCCAUCUUAGGACUGUGAUCAGGCCAUCCUUCAAAACAGCCUACAAGCAAGUCACAGCUCUGGAGUGGAGAUGCUGCCCUGGAUUCGUGGGAGAUGAGUGUCGUGAAGGUGUGUCGCUAUAUGAACAUAUGCACUCUUUGACUCCCUUUGCAGCUCAGAGUGAGUUCUGCUCGCCCUCCGUUAGUCUCAUCAUGGCUCUCACAGCCAAAAGAAUGAAUGGAAAUCCCUCAGGGGAACGUCCAGCAGGACGGCUCGUAAAGCGGGUGGCUCUUCUGCAGCGGGCAGCUCUGCUCCUGCAGGCCACAGGCUGCAGACUUUGGGCCAAUAAAGACCCAAAGGGUCAAGCCACUACAGGCGAGAUUAGAAACGCAGAAACAAAGCACGGCCUGACCACACCCACGCUGGACGGGACGCAGACGGGGCACGGACGCCCACCCCAGUGUAUGAACUGCACCGGUUUCAACGACAUGACCGGCAGAAUAAACGCCAUCGAGUCAAAGAUCAAACUGCUAGAGGAGGGGCGCUUACCUCUGCCAAUGGUGCGUCUACCGGAGGGAUCAACAGAAAAUGAAGUGGACAGACCUCAGCCCACUCCUAUGGGACCACCAUCUUACCUGCCAUCAGGUGCUAAAACAUGUUUGUGGUAUGAGGAGCAGAGAUGUUGA